AUGACAACGGCGGUCGAGGAAAUUAAUAGUUUGUUGAAUGAAAACGAGGAUACACUAGUUAGUGAGUUACAAGGAAAGUAUGACUUUAUAAAUUUUAACGAAAUAAAGAAUUACAAAGAGAAAAAAUUUCAUCAUGAAUUAACAUUAGAAAUACAGAAAUUUGUUAAUAAUAAAAAUGUACAUGUUAAGGAUAAAUUUCGUUUAUUUUUUACAUAUUUAUCUCCACUAAUAAGUAAGUUGAAGAAGACUAUAUAUGCAGAGUUGUUAUACAUGGUAACGGUUCAAAUGGAUACGACUUGGACAAUAAACUAUAUAAAAGAAACAGAAAAAAAUUUAGAAAAUGAUAAGGAUGCUAUUAUAAUAUAUAGGUGUAUAUUAAUACUGAAAUAUAUAGAUGUAGGGGACUUUAAAAAUUGUGAAGAUGAAAUAGAAAAUACAAAAAAUAUGUUACAAGGGGUUAUAGGACUAAAUGUAGUAGCACAUAAAUUUUAUAAUUUUGCUUUAAUGAAUUAUUAUAAAAUUUUAAAUAAAUCAGAUCUGUAUGUUAAGUAUGCACUUUUAUAUUUAGCAUAUACACCAUUAAACAAUUUAGAUGAAACGGAAAUAUUAGAUAUAGGUAUAUAUAUAUGCAUGCAUUCAAUAAUUAGUGAGGAUGUAUACAAUAUAGGGGAAAUUAUACAAUUACCACUUAUAAAUGUGUGCAUAAAAAAUAAUGAACAAACGAAUUGGCUCUAUCAGCUAAUAUACAUAUAUAAUGAAGGUAAUAUUGAUUCCUUUAAUCAACUAGUACAUAAAUAUGAAGCAAAUAUAAAAAAUUCAUUAUUGAAAGAAUAUGAAAAAAGUAUGUUCAAAAAAAUUAGACUUCUAGCAUUAAUGGAUCUGGCUUUUAAAAAAAAGAAACAAAGAUCAGAUAUAUCCUUUGUAGAGAUUGCUGAACAUUGUAAAAUUGAUAUAAAAGAAGUUGAGAAAAUGUUAAUUACAGCUAAAAGUAAAAAUAUAUUAACAUGUAUAAUUGAUGAAAUUGAACAAUCUGUUAAAAUAACGUGGGUAAAACCUAGAGUUCUUAAUGAUGAAAAAAUUUUUUUUAUGAAAGAGAGCAUAGAUAAGUGGAUUAGUCAUUCUAAGAGCCUCCUUACCUAUAUAGAGGACCUAUCUGUAGAGUUGCUCAUAUCGUAG